AUGCGCUCGUGCUCUCCAGAAAGCAGACUGUAGACGCGCGCUCCCGCCGCUCCUCCCAGAAGUUAAAGCGCGGCGCGCGCACAGCUCUCCGGAGUUUCACCUCGGACACUCGGACGGGACUCUGUGCGACACAGACUUUCCAAACGGACUCUCUAUCACAACCAUUACGUAUCAACUCCACUCCAGUACACAUGAGACAUAUUUCAUAUCGCUCGGAAACAAACGCGAGUUGUUGGAUAGAUACACGCAGGACUGACGGAACGCCUCCAAUGCGCCGCUGAUGCGCUCGAGCUGAGCCUGAGGAGAGAGAGAAGGAGCCGACGAGGAGAGCGUCCCGUCACACGCCCCGGCUUGAAGGGGUUAUUGUCGGCAGCAACAUGAAGCUCUUACUCCCUCUUCUGUUGCCCCUCCUCUUCUAUCAACAAUUGUGGUCCCAAGCAUUAGCCGGCACCUGUCCAAAUGACUGUAUUUGUCAGCCAGAAGACUACAUUUUAUGCUUUAACCGCAGAGACACUAAAAUACCCAACAAAGUACCCACAACGACUAAGAAUCUCUAUGUGUUCAAGAACGGCAUUGAAUCCCUUUCCCAAGAGGAUUUUCUUGAGUUGGAAAGUCUAGAGAUGCUGGAUCUAAGCCAGAACAAGUUGACCGAACUGCCAGAUCAUGUGUUUGAACCCUUGUCCUCUCUCCAAAACCUGGACUUGUCGGCUAACCAGAUCGUCCAUAUAUCCAAGGACAGCUUUGCUGGACUAGAACAUCUUGAGAGGCUAUAUCUCUACAGCAACCUCAUAGAGAGCAUCCACCCUGCUGCUUUUGAUGGCCUACAGCAACUACUGGAGCUCAAACUGCAAGGUAACAAACUGACGAUAAUGCCUGCCCUGAAAAUGCCCCAACUGCUUCUGCUAGACUUACGGUUCAACAGCAUCCCAUCGCCAAGCCCAAAUGACCUCCAGACUCCCAGGUUGGAGUCACUGAAGCUGGGUGGGCUGGGGCUUAGCAGUCUGAACGAGGAGCUCUUGGGAAGCUUCAAGAACCUUCAUGAGCUUGACAUCUCCAACAACCAGUUAACAACCUUUCCAGGGGUUUUGCGGGGGGCAAGGGGCUUGGUUACUCUGAGUUUGGCUGGGAAUCCCAUGGGACCUGUGAAAUGGGAAGACUUUGAGGAACUCUCUGAGCUUCAGGAGCUGGAUAUCAGCAAUCUAAGCUUGCAAGGUUUGCCAGAGACCUUAACACAGCUCUUUCCUCACCUACAAAGGCUGACCGUUGCGGAAAACCCUUUCAAUUGCCUUUGCAAUCUGGCUUGGUUUCCUAGUUGGCUGCGAAUCAGGCAAAUUCAUUUGGGUAGGACAGAAGAGACACGCUGCCACUUUCCUCCUUUAAAUUCCGGGAAGGUGCUGGAGAGACUUGCGCACCGAGAAUUUGGAUGUCCGAUUACCACAACUGUUGUGACUCGGACAGUAAAGACCACUGCAGUACCUCUAGCCCCGGUCACCAGUUUACCAAGUACCACUCAUGCAGUCCUCCCAGCCAAACCUAGUGAUAACCCUUCUACGGAAACCGACAAUGACCCUCCACCUCCUACCCCAAGUACUAGUAUCGACCCAGAUCUCAGAUCAAACUUCUGCCCACCCAAUAUCUGCCUUAACAGAGGAACAUGUUGGCUGGACAACAAAGGACAUUUGGAGUGCAUUUGUCUACCAGGAACAUCAGGGAGAUACUGUGAAAAAAAGGACCCACUACGCCACGAGGAGCCUACAGAGCUACCGGAUCCUGAAAUAACAGCAAUGGUAACUAGCUCCUCAAUACACUUAGAUCUUCAGAGGUACAUCAUUAUGCGCCCCCACAUCCGUGGUGUAAAGUUAACUUACAAGAAACUUUCCGGACCGGAUAAACGUGCUAAGCACCUCAACCUUCCAGCAUAUUACCUGGAAUACACAUUGCGUGGACUUCAGCCAAACUCUACGUACUCUGUAUGUGCCAGUCCAAUGGGUGAACCUGGGGAUACGGAUACAGUAUGCAUAGAGACCCAGACGCUCAGUCAGCAGCCAACUCCCACUGGAGCACGCCUGAAGGAAUCAAAGCACAAUACAAUGCUCAUCCCUUCAGUCGCCAUCCUUCUUCUGCUAGUCCUAGUAGCCGUGGCUGUUGGGGUAGUUUGCUACAUGCACAAAAAUAAAUCAAAGGGACACCUGGACUUAGGAUGUGAUCCUUCACAGCUGGAGCUGGAGGGUCAGGACAAUGGGACACUACCUGAAAAGCUAGAGAUUAUCUCCUGUCCGUCAACAACACAGAAUGGUGGCUUGGACUUUGAGGUGCCCCUCAUGCAGGAUCAAUGUACUGCGAACAACAACAUGAACAGUUCGAAACCUUCAUAUUUCUGAUAAUUGCUAAAGGUUUGUGACGUACUUGCAUGCUAAAGCAUGAACGAUAUGGCCUUACAAGGUACCACCGUGGACAGCGAGACCAGCCACCAGGUUCUUUGUAAAGAGCAAUGGUAUUUAGGUGAUUCCUGGUGUAAUCCUACAUGGGCAUUUCCGUCAAAAUGACAUCCUCCUAAGUGCCUUUUUUCAUCUAAAAAAAAAAAUCUGAAAGAUUGUACAUGCCAAACUUUCAACCAAAGAUUUUGAUGGAUUUUAAAAUGGCUGCCAAUCGUUAAAAAGGGCGUACAGCUGACUGAAAAAAAAUGUAGGUGAAAUUACGAUGUGUUGUGCAUGUGUGCAACUCUUAUGAGCUGCGCUAACUGUGAGUGGGUAACUGAAGAUAUGGACUUAAGUAACGAGGCUGACUCAUAUGAUGCUUUGUCUAACUGAUAUGCAUUGUUUCUUAGUUUUGUAUUUGUAACUUUUUUGUAAAUGUUUUUGUACAGAUAUGUGACUGUUACCAGGCGGCUGCUCUUCCCCCAUAUCUUGUGACUUAAAAGCAGACAAAACACCAGAUUAGAAACUUUGAAGAUUAAAAUUCACUUGAACCACCGAGUGAAACAAAGGCUUUAGUUUAGAAAUGUCAGACAGUCUAAGCAGCUGAAAGUCUAUCCAGACACGAAACUACAGUAAAUCCUUCCUCUAUUUUUUAGGCCCUAUCCCCCUUCACCCUCAGAAAGAGACACCAGGAAGCGGAUUAAUAUACAUUAUGCUCUAUUGUAAACACAAAAUAGACUCACAAUAUAUAAUUGGAAGCUUCUUUAAAAUAAUUUAUUUAUAUUGCAAAAAUAUUUAAAAGGGGGUUGUUACCUAGGCCCUUCUGCAAAAUUAACCUUUGCACUAUUUACAUUACUUGGCAGAGAUUUCCAAUCAAUUGCAGUCAACAACAUUUUGCCUUAAGACAGGUUUACCUAAACCAGUCUAAUAACACAAACACACACACACACACACACACACAAGCUCCCAAUUCUACUGAUCUUACCAUUCAAGUGCAAGAUAUAAUUAAAGAGCAUAAAACAAUCUAAAAACAAUCGAGGCUGUCAUUUAUCACAAUAAAAUUUACCAAAAAACUGAGAAGAGACGGUGGGAAGGUGUGCUGAUUUACCUCUGUGAGGAAAUAUGUGUAUAUUUUAGCACUUGUUCUACAACCUCUCAAAUGAUGUUUCCAAAAAAUAAAAAGAAAACAUAAAUAUGUUAUUGUUUUUAGUGUAUCUGAAACCUUCUGCUUAGAAGGAAGAGGAUUUGUAAUUGAAAAUAGUUUUUUUUAUUAUUAUUAUGUUUGUUGUUGUUCUUGAUGGGGAUUAUCCAAACUGGAAAAAAAAAAAUCUAAGCAUUAUGAAGUAUUGAAAAUAUUUGUGAAUAUUUUUGAUAAGAUCUGCCUAUAAUUCUCCCUGUUUAAUUUGGGAAGCUCUUUUUUAUACUUUUCUUUUGUCAAUAAGGAGAUGUGUGUAUAUGUAUGAUAUGUAUUUUCAAAAAGCUGCAAAGAAGAUAAAAAAAUGAAUUAAAAUAAAAGACAGUUUUAUACAAUAUUCUCCGUUUCUGGUUCACGCUAGCUGAUCUGAUUAACAAUAAGGUUCACUGACACUGAAUGCAUGUCUCUGUUUAAUAUGUUUUGUUAAUAAUAUUUAAUUAUUUAGGGGAGUUUGCACACUGAGAGAGCAUUAGCAUCCUCAACACCUUCUGCAAAUGCACCAACCAAAGCAAACUUACAUUUUCAUUAUUAUUAUUUUUGUUUAUUUUUUUUGAGAGCCAGUGAAAGAUAACAGAUUUUGCCUUUAUGGAGAAAGCUUGAGGUAAAGAAUAAUUUUAUUAAAAACCUAAUAAAUGUCGUUUUGCCUCCAUCCACGUUAUCUGACUGACGCUAAUGAGCAUGGUUUGUUAAUACACGCAUCCUUUAGUUUAGACUGUCCACCUGUUUUACAGGUACAUCUGGACGGGUUUGCAACAAAUGCUCACACCGUCUCAAAAGACUGCUUAUCUACAAGCAUCCAGCUGCAAUCUGUUGUAUUUUAAAACAUUUAACAGCACAAACACAUGAAACAGCCCAGCGCUGUCCAGUAUUUCCAUUUGUAAUGAGUGCAAUCAUGUCAAACAAUUAAAAACAACAAAAACUCUCACAUGGUUUCGUCUGUAAACUCAAACUGAGAGAACAACGGCCAAGGCAUCAGAUGGAGGCAAAUUUGACCAAAAAAUGUACAAGCACACGUCAGUCACAGGAUGUGUGUGUGUGUGUGCGUCUGCUCUCCAGCUUUUCAAUAAAAGGCCUCCAUUAUUCUGUGAUUUUAAGAGAGCUGGUCCUCUGGCCGCGCUCCAAAGCCAGACUCAACCUGAGCGGCUCAAAGGGACUAUUGUAGACACUCGAGCUGACUUUUUCAAAUUGUCUUCCAAAAAUUCCACUGAAAAUUACUGCUGAGUAAAUAUUGUUCUGCUCCUUUAUUUUAAGUCGGGCUGCAGAGGUUUUGUUUCCACGCUCAGCUGUAGAUGAGGCCAGGGUUUAAAACGUGUGUCGUGUGUCUUACGGAAAGAGGUUCCCAUUCACAUAUUUGUCCUGGUUUAUUCCUCAUUCUUGGCAUAAAUGCGCCUACUGUUACACCAAACCUACAGGUAAAAACAUGACUAUGAACCUUUUAAUGAUAAAGAGGCUGCGAGGGAUCGAUUUACAGUCUAGGGAUGCAGUGAUUUUAAAAUUCUGGCUGAAAGCAAUAAGGCCAAAAUUAU